AUGGCUUCCUCAGUGGUGAAUCCAGUCACCGAUGCGACGCGAGAGUGGUACAUCCCAUCACCAGCUACUAGCACGAGUGUUUUGGAAGCCGCAUUUGAGGGUGCGGCUCUGCAAUUCUCGAAGCAAGCCGAGAAUCACAGACAAGAAUUCCAGGACAUCAAGAAGCGCAACAAGUUUGAAGAUGUCCAGCGGGCUAUUCAGGACUGCAACACUCGCUACGAGGCUCGCAAGCCUGACUCAAAAGCUCUCAAAUGGUUGCGACAGCUAUCCGAGAAGGUGGUUUUCUACGAAGGUGUGGUGGACGUGCUUAUCCAGCAACACCCAGAAGCAGUAUCUUUGAUUUGGGGGGGCAUCAAGUUGAUUUUAUUGUCAUAA